UAAUCAUUGCGUGUCGCAUCGCGUCGCAAAAACGUCAAGAGACCAAUCACUUUGCAUAUUUCGCUUUGUAAAAAUCACCCGAAAAAUCACCCUCGUCGCACGUUCUUACAUAACGAAGAAUGGUAUGGCGGCACAGACAGACGGUCGGAUACCGGAUAUUUCUCGUUAUUACUAUACCAGCUACGUACUUUUUUUACAUCAGUAUAAUGGGACUGUUCUCUGACAGUUCGUCUACAAUCGGCUACGAAACGAAUUGGCAAGGACGUAAAUUGCUACAGGCGAGCGAGUUGAAACAACAAGGGAACGAUAGUUACAACUGCACGCCGCCGGCAAUCAAAGAAUUCCCGCCCGACGGAUUUACGCGGGAGCAAAGACAGGCAGGAUUUAUAAUAAUCCACUUCGUCAUCGCUAUCUAUCUGUUUUUAUUACUUGCUAUUGUCUGCGACGAUUAUUUCGUUCCCUCUAUUAAGAAAAUUUGCGAGCGUCUUAAUGUCACCGAGGAUGUGGCUGGUGCGACCGUGAUGGCGGCUGCGAGUUCGAGUCCGGAAUUGUUCAUCAACGCCAUUGGUACCUUCGUGACGGAAGGUGAUUUGGGAGUAGGCGCUAUCGUCGGUUCCGCGGUAUUCAAUAUAUUAGCAGUACCUGCGUGUUGCGCAUUAUUUGCGAAUAAAGUGCUAAAUUUGGAAUGGUGGCCCGUGUCGCGCGAUACGCUGGCAUACGCUGUGACGGUUCUCCUCUUGAUCUUGACUCUGCGAGAUGAACGUAUCGAGUGGUACGAGGCGCUCAUCCUCAUCACUUGUUAUAUUCUGUAUAUAACAGCAAUGUGUUUCAAUCGUCGUAUCAAUAAUUUCAUAAAUCGAGUAACAUCUAAAAGGAAAAAAUAUAAAAAUAUCUGCGAAGAGAGCCCUCUACUUCUAUCAAAUAACUUGGUCAAAGAAACGGAGAUUUGUGGAUUUUCAAGUUCGAGUGAGCCGGACGAAUCACUCGAUAUAGUAAACAUGAUGUCUUGGCCGAAUUCAACAUGCCAGAAAAUGUGGUGGAUAAUCACUUGGCCCAUUAAUCUAAUAUUACUCAUCACUAUUCCCGAUUGUAGAAGAAGCAAAUUACGAUUCUUAUAUCCCUUUACGUUUCUUAUGUGUGUAAUAUGGAUCGCGACUGCAUCCUACAUUAUUGGAUGGGUCAUUACUGUUAUCGGUAAUACUUUUAGAAUUCCUGAUUCUAUUAUGGGCUUGACGUUUCUCGCUGCGGGAAUGAGCGUACCUGAAGCAGUUUCAAGUGUUAUCGUUACAAAUCAAGGUCUCGGAGCUAUGGGAAUAAGUAAUUCGAUCGGAUCAAACGUAUUUGAUAUAUUAUUGUGUCUCGGAUUGCCAUGGUUUAUCAAAUCUACGCUAUUGCCGAAAAUACCCGGGCAAUAUUACGUUCAGAUCAAUUCUCAAGGAUUAGUUUACAGUUCUGUAUCUCUCUUUUCUACGUUAAUCGUCUUAUAUGGAGCUUUACUUAUUAACAGAUUUAAAUUAAAUCGAACAGUCGGGAUUAUCUGUUUUGUAAUGUACAUCGUAUUUUUGGUAUUCGCAUCCGUUAUAGAACUCAAUACAUUCUUUAUCGUUAAUUUACCGAUAUGUAUCGAGUAGAAAAUAUAUCAAUCUUAUUCAUAUGUAAUAUUUAUAUUUUGUAAAUAUCUAUGUGAAUCUAUAUGCACACAUUUUACUUAAAACGUUUGUACA